AUGGAGCUAUGGGGAUAUGCAUAUUUGCAGGUUCCUCUCGCGAAGAUGGGGCGUAUCCGAACAGUCGUCACCUCACCACUGGCCCCUCUAGCCAUCAUCUUCGGCUCCGAACCACUUAGACUGCGCACUGAUAGUACGAAUCACGAUAUCGUUGAGCGUAUCCGUAUGAUGCAAGUCAACUUGCAAGAGCAAGACGAGUUACUGGCAAUAAGACAAGGUCUGGGUGGAGAGCGUGGUGGCAUUUGGGUAACGCGCAUCCGAUCCUCCUAUGAUUUACCUUCCCAUAUUAAGGGCGGCAGGAGGGUCUGUUUCAAGCCCGGCGCUACGUCUGAGAUUCCGCAUGCAUACCCAGGUGACUCCAUCAUGGCCAUCACCUUCCUUGCGCCGCACAACCCCAGCCAUGAUCCCAGCUUGAGCCCCUGGGCCAGAUCAUGGCUAUCAACUUGCAAGGCUUUGAACAUGGGAGAGGACGGCAGAGCGCCCAGACAACCCAACGGCUGA